AGUCAGAUACAAUCGAUGCAAAAGUUCGCGCCGCCCUCGCACAUCUUGCCGCCUCCACUGCCGUCGCCGAACGCCGGCUUCAGUACGAUUUCGCGCGGGCCGCCCGCAACAAUCCUCACUCACUCAUCCAAUCUCUCUCACUCGCACACCGACUCUCUCACCGAUAUCGCUACUCCUCGUAGUAGUGCACUACAUCCUCAUUAAAUCGGCCGCCCCCGCGCAAAAAAUAUAAUUGUUGACAUCAACUCGUUGUUGGAAAAUAGGCAAUAUCCAGAUUAUAUUUCUUUGCCAAGUGCGAAUUGCAGUUGUGCGGAGCGCGGAAAAUAAGUAAAUCGGAAACGCGUGGAAAAAGUUUCGCAAACUAUUUUCCAAGUGACUUUUCCUCUUCCGGUUUCCACAGAAAUUAAAAAUUACUCGCUUUACGCACAGUGAUUUCUUUCUCUUCUGUACCGAGACUUAACAAGUUGACAAAUAUGAAAUACGAAAUAAGUUGGAUCGCAAUUUUGUUCGCCUCGCUACUUGCAGCGAAGUCGACAUCUGCGAUCUACCUGUCCCAUGCGAAUCUGAUCAAAUCCACGGAUGAUUCUUCAUUCCUCGUGACCUGUCGUGACGAUGGAGGACGUCCUGUGACCUGGAGCGGACCGCGGGGACUUCUCGGUGCGAAAAGCCAUCCUCGCGUCGACAUGGCCUCCUAUGGUACUUCAAUUUUCUUCCAGCACGUCGCCGUCAAAGACAGCGGAAACUACACGUGCAGCUCUGGCAGCGAACAAAAGACGAUGCAUCUCACUGUCAAAGGUAACCUCGAUACCUCGGGAACACAAUCGCCCAAAGGUCAAUUGAAAACCCCUCUGACGUUUAUGGAUACUUCUCCAAACCAAACGGGAAUAGAGUUCACCGAUGUUACGCUCCGAUGCGAAGUCAAGGGAGGAGACAAACCUAUAGUCACUUGGAGCUACGAAAAUGGUGGAAAAAUUUCAGACCCGAAGUUUACGAUAAUUGGUGAUGGAUUAUUAAUAAAGAACGUUACAAGGAAUGACAGUCGCACCUACAUUUGCAAGGCGAUGCAGACCAGCACCGGGGACAUCAUGGAGCAGAAGAUCCAAUUGAAAGUCGAGCAUAAACCAUCAUUUAGGCACAAGAUCUGGGUGAAAACUGAGGAAGCUUGGGCUUUCAUCGGCGGCGAAGCGAAUUUGACAUGUGAAGUUUACGCAGAGCCACCGGCCACAUUUCAGUGGUUGUGGAAAAAACAAACUGUCCAGGAAGGAUUCCACAACACGCAAGAAGGUCACAUCCAGAAGUCCGUUCUACAAAUCUUCAUGAAAGAUUCGUCUAGAUACGGAAAUUAUGUGUGCAUGGCGAAGAACAAACUUGGCACUUUAGAGAAGAUCUUCUCAUUGCAACCAGGUGUUCAGCCACCACCACCAGAGUACAUCGAACUGCGCGGCGAGAAUUCCGAUUUAUUGGACUUGGGUAUUGGAGAACCUAAGAUCACGGACAAAAUUCCAAGCGCGAUGUCACCAACCGGAUACCGCGUCCAAUAUCGUCCUCACAGCGAUGAUUAUUGGAAGGAGAAGGACUACGAGAGGAGCGAAGCGAAUAGUUAUCCCCUAUUGAACCUGAAACACGACACCGACUACGAAGUUAGAGCUGCGACCAUCAACAAAGCCGGCAUCAGCGAUUACACAAACAUCUCCAAUUUCCGAACGUUGACUCUGCAAACAGCCGCUGCAUCCACAACAUUUUUGACGCACGUCAUCGCUGCCUUCUCCAUCAUCUUCUUCUUCUUCGGCGCCCUAUGGUGACUUCAUUAAACGACGUCGUCGAUAACAACUUAGACUCGCAAAUUAUACACUGGAAAACCGAAGGGAAUCCAAAUAAUUUAGUUAAUUGAAUGUUGCUAUAGAUGUUU